AUGACAAGUUCAUCCAAGUCUGAACAAAGUCCAGUGGAGUCUGUAGACAGUGGUGAGGUUUCCAUAGUAGAUGGAGCCAAUGAUAUCUGUCCCAGUGAUGUUUCUGCUGUGCACGCCUUCAAUGGAAACUGCUUGAAUGUAACAUUGCCAGAUGGAAAAGUUGAAAGCAGAUGCAUACUUCCUAUGGUUAACUGCACCAGAGACCACCAGGAAAAUGAUGCCCAGAAGGCAUCAGCUAGCAUUCCUAUGGCCACCACAGCUGCCACCUCCACCACAGCAGCAGCAGUAGUAGUAGCAGCAGCAGCAAAUCAGCAUCCACAUCCAUCUAAAAAUAUUUUGGACAACAAAAAUGGCGUCUCCAUUGGCUUUAUAAUUGGCGCCAUACUGGUUGUAACUUCAGGCAUCGUUCUCAUUGGUGUUGGGGCUAAGAAAUGUUAUGAGAAACAUGUAAACAGCAGGUCAGAGUACAACUACGCCCAACUUACCAUUGAUAUGAAUGGAGGCGAGGAAGACGAUGAUGAAAGACUAAUAUUGCCAUAA